AUGGAAGUCCACAACAAUGAUGAUAGGGAUUUUAAUGGGAUCUUGGAUUUGAACAUCCCAAUUGAUCCUGCAACCCUAGGCCAAUCCUCUUUGCCCAUGGAAAAUUUUAUUCCAUUGGAGGAGCAACAGAAGAACAAGCUUGCUUUGGAUGACCAAAGUGAGGAGGAAAGGAUCGAGAAGCUACCCAAGCAUAGGAAGCUGUGUUCUAGAGGACAUUGGAAACCUCAUGAAGAUGUCAAACUUCAGGAGCUUGUGGCCCAAUAUGGCCCUCACAACUGGAACAUGAUUGCUAAAGGGCUUGAAGGCAGAUCAGGGAAGAGUUGCAGGCUAAGAUGGUUCAACCAACUGCAUCCAGGGAUUAAGAAGACAACUUUUAGUAGGGAAGAAGAACAAAGACUGAUUGUUGCACAUGCAACAUUUGGGAACAAAUGGUCAAAGAUCGCGAAGUUCUUCCCUGGCAGAACAGAUAACGCAGUCAAGAACCAUUGGCAUGUGUUCAAGUCCAGGUGGAACAGAUUCGAAACCAAUAGAUCUAAAAUGUUAAGCCCUUCUUCUGCACCGGUUGGAUCAGCUGCCACCAACCCUCAUUGUAAUUCAUACAAUGGAUCAACCAUCUCGAACAACUACAUUCCUGAUGAAUCUACAUCAAUGGCCGCUCGUCAUUCAUUCACUGCUCCACCGCUUGGAUCAGUUGCCACCAAUCCCCAUCGUAGUUCAUACAAUGGAUCAACCAUCUCGAACAACUACAUUCCUGAUGAAUCUACAUCUAUGGCCAACCAUCAUUCAUUCACUGCUCCACCGCUUGGAUUGGCUGCCACCAAUCCCCAUCGUAGUUCAUACAAUGGAUCAACCAUCUCGAACAACUACAUUCCUGAUGAAUCUACAUCAAUGGCCACCCAUCAUUCAUUCACUGCUCCACCGCUUGGAUUGGCUGCCACCAAUCCCCAUCGUAGUUCAUACAAUGGAUCAACCAUCUUGAACAACUGCAUUCCUGAUGAAUCUACAUCAAUGGCCACCCAUCUUUCAUUCACUACUCCAUCUCUUGGAUCGGUUGCCACUAACCCCCAUCGUAGUUCAUACAAUGGAUUAACCAUCUCGAACAACUGCAUUCUUGAUGAAUCUACAUCAAUGGCUGGUUGUCUUUCAUUUAAUGCUCCACCACUUGGAUCGGCUGCCACCAACCCCCAUUGUAGUUCAUACAAGGGUCCAACCGUCUCGAACAACUACAUUCUUGAUGAAUCUACAUCAAAGGCCGCCCGUCUUUCAUUCACUGCCCAACCGCUUGGAUCUACUGCCACCAACCCCCAUCGUAGUUCAUACAAUGGAUCAACCAUCUCGAACAACUGCAUUCCUGAUGAAUCUACAUCCAUGGCUGCCCGUCUUUCAUUCACUCCUCCACCGCUUGGAUCGGCUGCCACUAACCCCCAUCGUAGUUCAUAUAAUGUUCCAACCAUCUCGAACAACUGCAUUCUUGAUGAAUCUACAUCAAAGGCCGCCCAUCAUUCAUUCACUGCUCCACCGCUUGGAUCGGCUCCCACUAACCCCCGUCGUAGUUCAUACAAUGGCCCAACCAUCUCAAACAAUUGCAUUCUUGAUGAAUCUACAUCAAAGGCCACCCUUCUUUCAUUCACUGCUCCACCGCUUGGAUUAGCUGCCACCAACCCCCAUCGUAGUUCAUACAAUGGUCCAACCAUCUCGAAUAACUGCAUUCUUGAUGAAUCUACAUCAAAGCCCCAUUGUAGUUCAUACCAUGGAUCAACCAUCUCGAACAACUGCAUUCCUAAUGAAUCUACCUCAAAGGCCGCCCAUCUUUCAUUCACUGCUCCACCGCUUGGAUCGGCUGCCACCAACCCCCAUAGUAGUUCAUACCAUGGUCCAACCAUCUUGAACAACUGCAUUCCUGAUGAAUCUACAUCAAUGGCUGCAUGUCUUUCAUUCACUGCUCCACCUUCAACACUGCCGCCUCCUUCUUUUCUCUAUGGCUUCAUUCCUGUUGUUAACCAGCAUCAGCCCAAUGCGCUCCAAACAGGUUCAUCUGGAGAGAAAAAAAUGGUAACAGCUGGAAAUGUGGGUCUGAAUCAACUCCAUUAUGCUACUAAUGAGAUGUAUAAGCGUAGGGCCAUGACAACUACGACGGCCAGGGCAAUGGGAAUAGAAAUGGGAAUGUGCAGGCACCAAUCUGGCAACUCGGGGUCAAUCUCAGAAGUGACAGCAGCUAACUCGGUUGCCAACAAGAGCGCCAGUCUGAACAAGAAUGGGGAAAAUGAGACUGCAAGGAAUGUGCAUAGCAACACCCCCAGCCUCAUUGAUUUUCUUGGAGUAGGACCCAGAUGAAGCUGGUGGGUUUUCUGGGUUUAGCUUCAGAGAGCCACACCGAAGAGAAGAAGUAAUCAACUGAGUCUGUGAAGUGCUGAAAAGGUUGGAUAUGUAGAAGCUUACCUUCAUCUAUAUAUAGUUGGGAACAUAGAGUAUUGCUAUUCAAACUUCAACUAGGAUUGGUUUUGUGGUUUCAUAUGA